CUUCUUUUACCAUCGCUAAUGCAAACACAAGGAGCCAAUAUCUAUUACAAAUUUCAUAUAUAAAAUUAUAACUUAAUCAAAGAUAUUUCACCUCCACAUAGAAAUGCAAUUUAUUUGUUUUUCUCUUUUUAAGUUUUACAUCUUAUUCAUAACCUUUCUGGCUGAGUUACAAAUUACCAUCACUUUUUUAACAAAAGCAUCUACAAAAGUAACCUAAAAACAUAUAUACUACACCUUUAGUGCAUAAUAUACAAUUCAUCCUAUAAACGUUUAUUUCAUUUGCUCUUUAUAUAUAACCCAAUUCCCCCAUCCCCCAUCUCGAUCGACAAAUUCUUAGGUGAUAAAAUGUCACACAACCCGAACAUUCGGUUCUCUUUCGCGACCAAAUUCGUCACAACUUCCAUCAUCAUAAUCAUCUCAUCAACCUUCACCACCUCCCAAACUUGCAAACCGACAUGUGGCACGUUACCUAUCAGAUACCCGUUUGGAACUGGUUUAGGAUGCGGCGACCCGCGGUUCCAAACCCGAGUAACUUGCAACAAUCAACAUCUGACAUUCAUAACGCACACUGGAUGCUACCCGAUCACCACCAUCGACUACCCAAACCAAAUUAUUUACAUAACCGACCCCUCAAUGUCAACUUGUGGUUGCACUCAACCAAGUAAAGGGUUCGGGCUCGAUUGGGACGCCCCUUUCACCUUUCAUGACAACACCGUAUUCGCCCUCCUCAAUUGCGACACUUCAUCAUCACCAGUAUUCAAAUCCGAUGGCCGAAAUGCUCCGGUUUGUGAUCCGGUGAGUGGGACCCGAGUUUGUGGGAUUUUGAAUUCUUGUCAAGCAGUGAGUCGACUCACCACCCCGGUGUCUAGUUGUUGUGUGUAUGCUCCGGUGGAUCUUGGCCCUUCGUUUGAGAUGGACUUGGGGAAAUUAAAUUGCGGGUCGUACUCGGGUUUGUACGGGUUUGAUGGACAUGCGGACAAUCCCGACAGUUGGAAAUAUGGUGUCGCGUUAAAGUAUAAGUUUAAUUUCAACAAUGAGUAUCCAACAAUGUGUGCUGAUUGUGAGAGAAGUGGUGGCGUUUGUGGGUAUGGUGGACCUUAUAGUUCGUUUUUGUGCAAUUGUCGUAGUGGAAUCAAUACGACAACAAAUUGUUUAUUUGAAGCUACUUGGAAUAGUUCUUCAAGAUUUGUUCAUGGUGGUUUUUGGAUCUAUGCAUUGACAUGGCUAGUGAUAUGGAUGAUGUUAUGAAAUUGGAAAAUCUUCGUGCAAUGCUCGCCGAUCCGGCAUGUAGGGAUGAGCUUUAUUCGUUUUUUCAAUCCCAAAAUAAUCAAGGAAACGAUGGGAAUGGCGAUGAGGGUAUGUAAGAAUGGGUUUUAUUUGCAUAUGUUGUCUCGUUUUGCUACUUAGUAGAUUGUAAAAAUUUUGUUGUUUUGCUACUCGGAUAGUAUGACUUUUGAUAUUUAAUUGUAUUUUGGAUGUUUGUUUGUAAUAGGAUGUUUGUUUGACACUAUGUUUGAUAUUUAAUAGGAUGUUUGUUUUGUAAUUAGCGUCGACACUAUUGGUUUUGAUAUUUAAUCGAAUAUUGUUAUUA